AAGAUAUGUGUCCUCAGAGCAGUAAAGAGCCAUGAAGUUUAAAGUCCUGUUGUAUUUCUUUGUCCUGAGCCAAGUGAAACAUGUAUUUCCCACAGAGAUAUCUGUGCGUCUGGGCUCCUCUGUUGUCCUUCCCUGUUCGUUCCAUCUCCCAGACACAGAUGAAUUCCUCAAUGCCACCUGGUCCUUUAAUGGAUCCAUCAUUGCAUCCAACAAUCAAACAGGAAGUGUACAUUACUUGACCAAGUCAGCCACUGGAUCCAAUGUAUUUUUUCCCCUGACGUUGUAUAAUGCUACUCCGCACAGUCAGGGAGUAUAUGAGUGCCAUGUACAGAGCAAUCUAACCAAUUACUUCAGCAAUGUCACACUGAUCAUUUUGGUUUCACCGUCCAUUUUUGUGCCUUCCCCAGAGGUAGUGUUGGGGCAAGAGAGUGCAGUAGAUUGUUGGGCGAAAGGCUUCAGCCCUUCUUACAUCACGUUCUCCUGGACACGAGCAGACAAAGAGAUCAGAGCUCCUAAAAAAUCCAAAACAAACCGCACGAAGGAUGGUCUAUAUGAAAGUUUUAGCCAGCUGGUAUUCAUUCCUGAACUUGCUGAUCGAAAUGUUACAUAUACCUGUGCGGUAAACCAUGAAACUCUCGAGAAACCACUUGUGAGAGAGUUUAGAAUAAAUCUCACAAUUCUCCCCAAAGUCACAGUGUCUGUCGUGCCGUCCACCUCACGCUCAUCCCCACUCACUUUAGCAUGUGAAAUCAAUGGAUUCUACCCACAGAAUGUGUCUGUGCUGUGGAAAAGAAACGGCACUGUCCUGCCUGAGACCCAUCAGAUUCAACAGAACAAUGAUGGAACAUAUAGAAUGCGUCACUUUCACACCCUCAGCGUAGAGGAGAGAGAGCGAGCUGGACAAGUGCAGUGUGUGGCUCAACAAUCUCAUGUAUCCAAUCUAGCUUUGAGCUCCAUUGACCUAUCAGCUGCAGAUUCGUUGGUGCAGAAGCUAGUCCUGACUAAAUCUGCAAAAGCAUCAGUGGCGAUGAUGAUCAUUUCCCUGGUUCUCAUCCUUCUGCUUUGUUUUGGCUUUUCUUGGAAGAGAAGAGAUGAGAAGCAAAAAAGUUUAAGUGUGUCUUGCAUCAUUCUGCCCCCAAGAGUGGUUGUGGGACAGAAAGGCCGGGUCACCAUCAGCAUAGAAGGCAGAAGAGCAGAUCAAGUCCAAACUGCCUGGUUUCUCAACAAUGUUCUUUUAGUAGAUACAUCUUACACAGAAAGCAACAUCUCAAGAAGUCACACUCCAAGGGCAUCUCGUGUAUCAAUUUUGUCAGAAAAAAACGCUUUGCUGCCAUCUACUGCUCUAGGUUAUUACAAACUGCACACGAGGAAGCCCCUGCAGUCAGCUGGCCCAAACAAACAGCUCCUUUCCUCUUUCACCUUCAUCCCUAACCUGUCUGUUCAUAAAGGGUCAGUCUUCAAAUGCCAGAUUUCCUAUAAAGGGAAAGACAAGAUAGUGAUGGAGAGAGUGUCAGAGAAAUUUACUAUCCUGUCACCACCUGAGGUCUCAGAAAUCCAACUUUCGGAGCCAAAUGAAGAGACAGGUAUAGUCACAAUGUUGGUCGAGGCCUCCCACUUCCACCCAGACGUCAUCACCUUCCGCUGGUUCUGUGAGGGGGGGGAGCUGUGUCCCGUGGCUGUCCCAGCAGCCCUUGCAGCACCACGUCCCGAUGCCCAAGGCUUCUUUUCAGCCCGGAGCCAGUGCAGGUUACCUAAGGCCGAGCUGGAGAGAGGAGAAACUGCGGUGUGGGUGACCAUCCAUCACAUGUCUCUUAAACAGCCUAUCAAAAGAAAGACCAGAGGGUUCAUAAAGAAGCCCACCGUAUCAGAAAUCAGCUGCACUCGUUUCCCAUCAAGUCCACAACCGGGACUUCUAACACUGUCCUGUAGCAUUACAAGCUUCUACCCUCCUGACAUUGCAGUUAACUGGCUUAAGCGAUGCAAUGACAGGGAGAUGGAAGUUAAGAAAGAGGAAGGGCUGGGGGAAAUACGGGGGCCGAUCCAGAUGCAGUCAAGAAUGUUUAGAGCAGUGGCGGUGUUAAAGGAAGUGGAGAACGGGCUGAAGAACAUAGAUAAGGAUGAAGAGAUUGUGUGCAGAGUUGAGCAUUGCUCCCUCCUUGCACCAAUAGAGCGAGUCUGGACAAACUCUCGCAUUGUGGCUCCCUCCAUCCCUGAGUCCAUUGCUGUUAACUGGAAUACUGAUGGUGUAGGGGUGUUUUCCUUGUGUCUGUCUGAUGGUGUUCCAAAUCCCAAACUCAUUUGGGCUGCAGGAGGCUCCACUCUCACCCCGCUUAUCUCCAGAGAGACAGAAAAAGUGACAGACAUAGGGGGAAGAGAGAUACAUAGUGUCUGUGCUUUGGUGAAAUCUGCAGUACUACAAGAACGCAAAGCCAACUUUUAUCUCCAAAAUGGUCAACCAUGCUUAUUGCAAAGUGAAGAGGAAAAUGGGAUUACAAACAGUGAAAGAGGACGAGAGAAGCAAACAGAAGGGGCUGCAGUAAAACCAGACUUCAUAGAGGAGAGCACACGGGAACAAAAUGAACUUGAGUCAUUGUAUAUAAAUCCAGUGCACAUGGGGAAGGAAGGAAGACGGGCUGAAGGAGAAUGUUUGAGAGUCACAGUGGAGAUUACUCAUCCUGCAUUUCACUUUCCUGUUUACUGCACCUGGACAGAGCCUGAAGAUGGAGCACAAUCCUAAUAGAGUAAUAAAGUAAAAUGCUCUUUAAAAAUUUGCUUUUUUCACUCAUAAGUUUUACUCAUAUAUUAUUAUUAUUUAUAAGUUAAUACUUAUAAUACUAUGCAUUUCUGUUUUAGUACUAAUAAAUUAAAAAUUUAUAUUUAAAAAAUUGUUUAUUUUUUGUGUUUAUAAAUUAUAAUGCUCUGU